AUGCCAGAAGAGGUGCUUACGGAUGCUCGGAAGCAGUGGAUUCAAACUUUCCAACUGUAUCGCGCCCUGAUCGCUGGACACUACAUGUUACACCAUUCAGACCAAAGGUUGGUUGAGUGCUGUUGUGGGGGCAAACAGAGUCCUUUGAGGGAACAGUCCUUGAAAGUGAAGGUUAUGAGGUCGCUUUAUAUUCGAUAUAAAUCAUUCAAAGACUCUAAGCAAGAUUCCGAGAAUAAAUCACCGCCCGAAGACCUUGACAGUCUCACAUUUAGCUAUCACGAAUAUCUAGAAUUAUUCCUUCUCCCCCCAAAGUGGGAUUUAUUCGGAAAAGAGGUUGCCUUCUUUGUGGUUCAGGGGGGGUUUGUGAGGAAAGACGGCAGCUUGAUAUCCCCUUUGGACCUUUACUACGCCUUCAUGACCGAUCCCAAGAAUGUCUGCGAUCAAAUCAAGGCCGAAGAUAUCCGCGACAAGGGCAAUGCAAAUGUUCUUACCAAAGUCAUUGUAUGUUUCCAAUGCGGGUGGUAUGUCAUGAACCUCGUACUUAGACUCAUUUCGGGCCUCCCUAUAACAUUUCUCGAGCUACAUGUGAUGAUUCACAUUGUAACGACUUUAGUGAUAUAUAUGUUUUGGUGGAAUAAGCAACUGGACGUCAGCGAGCCGAUUGUACUAGACAUCCCCCGGUUGAAUUAUAAUGCGACUUGGGCAAAGACACCAAUAGAGGCCGUACAACCAAGUGACGACUCAUGGAUGCUGCCCUUCAAUACAGUAUGGGCUGUGCCACCAGCAAAAAACAACCAACAUCACUGGGACGAAGCCAUCAAACAGCUCGAUGAUUUGAAGGCAGAUUCCAAGUGGUUGAGGGACAAUCCCUCAUUAUACGAAGAACCCAAGUGGGGGAUGAACGAAAGUGGAAUAUUUCAGCGAAUAUUAUCAGACUGGACUGAGUUUUUUAAGAAAAAGCCUCCUACGACCGACGAAAAGCCCCCUGUGACCGGCGAAAAGCCUCCUGCGACCAGCGAAAAGUCCCCUGCGACAGGCGGGGGGCCGGAUUCUAGUACUAAAAAAACAAUGCGUUUGAGACUCAAGGGUUGGGCAAAGUAUUGGGUAAAGAAUUGUGCAUUCUAUAUCACCUACGCAGGUUUACACGCAACCGUAUGGAGAUCUACCUUCCCCACCAAGACAGAGCAAUGGGUAUGGAGGAUAUCAUGUUUGACGAUCGCAAUAACACCCUUUCUGAUCGCUUUGGGCAACAAGAUUCUUACCAAGAUUCUUGAAAAGUUGAACCCUUCAGCGAAGGACACGCCCUUAGGCCGCCUUUUGAUGGAUGGCUUCUUGCUUAUCUUAUAUCUCGGGGGAGCCUGGACACUACUAAUCGAAAGUUUCCUCAGUCUAAGGAACCAACCACAGGGGGUAUACCGGUCACUCGACAUGUCUAUCUACUUUCCCCACCUUUGA